AUGAAGUUCUCCCUCCUUGCGGUGCUGGCUUUGGUCCUAUUUGCAGCUCAAGCAAAUGCCCUGUACUGCUACACCUGCAACUGGGAACAAAGCAACUGGAGCUGCCUGAAGGCCGAGAAGUGCUCGGACAAGGACGAGUACUGUGUCACCAACGUGGCCUCCGUAGGAAUCGGCUUUUUGUCCCUUUGGAAGAGGAUCACCAAGAAGUGCUCCAGCACCUGCCCACACCACAACUUCCUCCUGGGCCUGGCCACCUACACCUCCUACUGCUGCCAGAGCUUCCUGUGCAACCUGAGUGCGUGCCCAGGGCCCCGGCUGGCUCGCCCAUGAGGUCCCAGGGCGUCCCAUUCCGUGGCCUUCUUCACCUGCCCGGCGCUGCUGGGAGAAGAUGGACCCUGAAGGACUGAAGAGCUUGGC